GGGAUUAGUUUAGUUGCAUAUCUCGAUCAACGUUUUGCAUUAUUAAUUUCCUGUGUACCUACAGGCUACAGUGGUCGAUCGAGCAACUCGCUUCAGUUAAUAAAUUGUGGUAGCUGCAGAGUGGAGCUGAGACAGUGAGAGCUUGGCUAGCCUUCACUGCAGGCCUGCAGCUAGCUAGCUGUGGGUAGAAAACUAGCAAUACAUCGUCGCGAUGGCCGGCGGCAGUGGGGAGGUAGCGGCGGCGGCGCCGUUGCUGGAGACAGAGGAGAAGGUGGCGGCGUACCACGAGGGUUGCCCGGGGUGCGCCGUGGAUCGUCGGAAGGCGGCCAACGCCGGUGUCCCCUACAAGGAGUUCUUCCACAUCUGGAUCAUCAUCCUCGUCUCAUGUUUGCCAAUAUCACUGCUGUUCCCCUUCUUAUACUUCAUGAUAAGGGACUUUCAUAUUGCAAAAACGGUCGAAGACAUUGGAUUUUAUGCUGGGUUUGUGGGUGCCUCCUAUAUGCUCGGUAGAGCUUUAACCUCCACUGCUUGGGGGAUGAUAGCAGAUCGUAUUGGUCGAAAGCCUGUUAUCGUGUUCGGAAUUUUCUCUGCGCUUCUAUUCAAUACAUUGUUCGGACUAAGUGUGAAUUACUGGAUGGCAAUAUCUACACGAUUUCUUAUUGGUUCUUUAAAUGGUUUACUUGGCCCCAUAAGAGCUUAUGCUAUUGAAAUUUGUCGACCAGAGCACCAAGCUAUUGCAUUGUCACUUGUUAGCACAUCAUGGGCAAUAGGUCUGAUUGUUGGACCAACAAUUGGUGGAUAUCUUGCACAGCCAACAGAAAAAUAUCCGAAGUUAUUUCCGACUUACUCGUUAUUUGGAAGGUUCCCAUAUUUCUUACCUUGUUUGUGUAUAUCAGUCUUCUGCUUUGCUGUUCUUAUAAGCUGCAUUUGGCUCCCGGAGACGUUGCAUAACCACAAAGCAGACAAAAAGGGAGAUCAAGCAAGUGAAUCUUCUAUUGCUCAUUUUUCUGAUCCAGAGGAGCUUAAUGAGCAUGGUACUAGUGCAACUACAGAUAAAAACUUAUUUAAGAAUUGGCCAUUGAUGUCAUCUAUUAUUCUCUUCUGUAUCGUGUCCUUUGAAGAUAUGGCUUAUACAGAGAUAUUCUCUCUAUGGGCUGAAAGUGACAGAAAGUAUGGCGGCCUAAGUUUCUCAACUGAGGAUGUUGGUCAAGUUCUUGCCAUUUCAGGUGCUAGUAUUCUGGUAUACCAAACUUUUAUUUACCCUCGUAUUGUGGGUGUCCUUGGACCAAUCAAUACUUCUCGCAUUGCCACAAGUCUAUCUAUGAUGCUUCUUCUUACUUACGCACCUAUCACGCAUCUCUCAAGACCUUGGUCACAAAUAGCAGUGAGCAUUGCCUCGAUUCUUAAGAACAAUUUCGUCGUUACUGUUGUCACAUGUAGUUUCAUUCUUCAGAAUAAUUCUGUGACUCAACAUCAAAGAGCAACCGCAAAUGGAUUAGCCACCACUUUAAUGUCCCUUUUCAAAACAUUCGCUCCAGCCGGAGCUGGCAUUGUGUUUUCAUGGGCACAGAAACGCCAACAUGCUCUAUUCUUUCCAGGCGAUCAGAUGGUGUUCUUCCUUCUGGCUAUCGUGGAGCUUGUGCAGCUGGUCUGGACAUUCAAGCCGUUUCUAGCCGUGCCACAACAAUUCUGUUCAGAUUAAUUAGCAAGCACUCAUGCUUUGCAUAGUACGGAGUACUGUUUAAUUAGUAUACUAUACACCGCGCUCGUAGAUCUGUGCAAGGAAGAAAGAUGAAUUGGCCGGAGUGUACCUGUGGAUGGCGGCGCGGUGGUGCGGCGGCCCCGGCCGCGGCCUGGAACUGCUCGGCGGAGAGGCGCCAGCGGGUGACGUCGGCGAGCCACCUCUGCCGCGCUCCGCUGCUGCCAUUACGCGGCGGACGGGACGCCUCGCCGGCCGCCGCCAUCACCACUCUCCUUUCUUUUCGAGAGAGGCGAAGGAGAAAGCCAACGAUUGGUGGUGGGCUUCGUGUGGGCCGUGUGGCCCAUGGAGCAUUUUUGUUUCUUCAAAUUUUGCUACUUUCUUGUUGUCAACUUUCGGAUUCAAAUUUCAUAUGAGGCACUUUAUUCUAGAAAAAGGGGGGAACAAAAAAUUUCAAAAUUUGCUACCUUUUUGUUAACUUUGCAAUUCAAACUUGUAUGAGACAGUUGUUCUAAUAAAGGGGGGAAAUUAUCUAGAGAUUGAAGUACAGAGCAUUCGGUCUCUGCCUCUCUGUUUUAAGAGAGCGAACGUUUGGAUGCUGUCUAAUCAAGAGGAGGAAGAAAGGGGCUAGUGCAAAAAUAAGAGAGGCAUGCUUAUGUCUCAGAACUGAAACAGUUAGUAAAAAUUUCAGAAAUGUAACCCUUGUGGAAGCGGCAGCUUUAUGCUGAGCUAUGUGAUUGUGCA